AAUAAAAGUAAGUGCCAAAGCUUUCUCUCCCACUUGUCAAUCACAUGCACUUUUUUUCCUCCGAUUACUAAUAAUAAUAAAGGUAAAAGGCGCUCCCUCUUUUCGCAAAAGCUGGAAAGAUAAGAUUUUUAAUCAGACAAUAAGGAUUCUUCAGGCUAUGGUAUAUAAAUAUAAUUGAGGGGAGAUAAAAGGUGGGCCUUGUUUUUGCAAGUUUUAGUUUUGAUGAGCUUUGGGAAGAUAUGUCAGGUGGUGGUUGUAGCAUAGUUUGGUUCAGGAGGGAUCUAAGGGUUGAAGAUAAUCCGGCACUUGCAGCUGGUGUUAGAGCUGGCGCUGUUGUUGCAGUGUUUGUAUGGGCACCUGAAGAAGAAGGCCAUUAUCAACCUGGAAGGGUGUCAAGGUGGUGGCUUAAGCACAGUUUGGCUCACCUUGCUUCUUUGAGGAGCCUUGGCACUUGUCUCAUCACAAAGAGAUCUUCUGAUAGUGUUUCUUCUCUUCAGGUUGUUAAAUCUACUGGUGCCACUCAGCUCUUCUUCAAUCACUUGUAUGAUCCUAUAUCACUGGUUAGGGAUCAUCGGGCAAAGGAGGUAUUAACAUCCCAUGGUGUAGCAGUUCGAUCUUUCAAUGCAGAUUUACUUUAUGAACCCUGGGAUGUAAAUGAUGCUCAAGGACGUCCUUUCACUACAUUUACCGCUUUCUGGGAAAGAUGCCUUAGCAUGCCCUAUGACCCUGAGGCUCCACUUCUUCCUCCUAAGAGAAUCAUUUCAGGUGAUGCAAAAUCUUGCCAUUCGGAUCAGUUGGUGUUUGAAGAUGAAUCAGAGAAGGGAAGUAAUGCGCUUUUAGCUCGAGCAUGGUCACCUGGUUGGAGCAAUGCUGAUAAGGGUUUGACCACAUUCAUCAAUGGACCUCUGCUCGAUUACUCUAAGAAUAGAAGAAAGGCUGAUAGUGCCACCACCUCAUUUCUCUCUCCCCACUUGCACUUCGGGGAGGUGAGUGUGAGAAAAGUCCUCCAUCUUGUCCGCAUCAAGCAGGUUCUAUGGGCCAAUGAAGCGAACAAAGCGGGCGAGGAGAGUGUUAACUUGUUUCUCAAAUCGAUUGGUCUGAGGGAAUAUUCAAGAUACUUGAGCUUUAACCAUCCUUACAGUCUUGAAAGGCCUCUUCUUGGGCAUCUAAAGUUUUUCCCUUGGGUAGUGGAUGAGGCCUAUUUUAAGGCAUGGAGACAAGGUAGAACUGGUUAUCCAUUGGUGGAUGCUGGAAUGAGAGAGUUGUGGGCCACUGGCUGGCUACAUGACCGGAUAAGAGUCGUAGUUUCUAGUUUCUUUGUAAAGGUUCUGCAGCUUCCAUGGCGAUGGGGUAUGAAGUAUUUUUGGGACACCCUUUUAGAUGCAGAUUUAGAGAGUGAUGCUCUUGGUUGGCAGUAUAUAUCCGGUACUCUUCCAGACGGUCGUGAAUUUGACCGCAUAGAUAAUCCACAGUUUGAGGGUUACAAAUUUGACCCACAUGGAGAAUAUGUCCGAAGGUGGCUUCCUGAACUUGCAAGACUGCCGACAGAUUGGAUUCAUCAUCCAUGGAAUGCUCCUGAAUCUGUACUCCAAGCUGCUGGAAUUGAGCUCGGAUCAAAUUAUCCUCUGCCGAUUGUAGGAAUAGAUGCUGCAAAAGACAGGUUGCAAGAAGCGCUUUCGGCGAUGUGGCAGCUCGAAGCAGCUUCAAGAGCGGCAAUUGAGAAUGGAACUGAGGAAGGCCUUGGAGACUCUACUGAAUCUGUGCCAUUUGCCUUCCCUCAAGACAUACAAAUGGAGGAAAGCGUUGAACCUGCUAGGAACAAUGCUCCAGCUACAACUCGUCGAUAUGAAGAUCAGAUGGUUCCUAGCAUGACUUCUUCUUUGGUGAGAGGCAUACAAGACGAAACUUCUUCGGAUCUUAGAACUUCAGAAGAUGAUAGCAGAGCAGAAGUUCCAAGAAACGUAAAUGUGCAUCAAGAAACACAAAGAGGCACAUUAAAUCAAGGAGUUCAGCAGACCGGUCGGAAUAACAACACUUUUCUGCAAUUUAAUCUCCCGAUGGGGGUUGGAAAUGCCGAGGAUUCCACAGCAGAUUCAUCUACUAGCAGUAGUAGGAGAGAAAGGGAUGGAGGAGUUGUUCCGGUUUGGUCUCCUCCAGCUUCUAGUUACUCAGAGCAGUUCACUGGUGAUGAAAACGGUAUUGGUACGAGCUCAUCUUAUUUACCUAGGCAUCCGCAGUCCCACCAAAUACUAAAUUGGAGACGUUUAUCCCAAACCGGGUAAGAACAUAAACACUUCCGAAGACCGGAAUCUUGUAGUCGGAGAAUGCUAGAAUGGCUAGUGUUGUGGGCUGAUCGGGUGAUAACAUGGCUUCAUCUACCACAUAUGUUAUCGCCUUUCUAAGUCGAUCGGUAGUUGAUAUUCUGUGUAUGAAACUUAAUAUUGAUACGCCGCUGGUCUACGUACAAUCUCUCUUCCAUGCUGUACCAUAUUACAUUAUCAUGUUGUAUAGUAUUUUGUUUCCUUUAUAAGAUAGUGAAGAGAGUCCUGGCUAGAAUUUAGAAUUGUGUAUUCCUCAAAUAAAACAAUGUUUAUGGAUUUACUCUAAACUGAUUUUAAGAAAUAAUUGUACCGUAAUUCAUAUUUAAAUGGUUUUCCA